AUGUUUAAGAUCGAUGACGAGCAUAUCUUGUUGGGUACUUAUGCCGGUGUUCUGCAUUGGUUUAACGUUGAGACCGGCGCUGAUGAAUCGAGCACUGAGUGUCAUCAUAGUGCUUUGACUUUUGUUCAGCAGUCCAAAGACGGAUCGCUUUUGCUCACUUCAUCUGCAUUUGUAUGUCCGCUGUCUUCGCUGUGGCGCAUUGGUGAAACGCAGGAACAUAUGAUAAAUUUUCCGGACGAAUAUCAUGUUGAAUUUUGUAAAAUGGGUCAAGAUCGUAUCAUUGGAACUCAGGGAAGUACGGCAACGAUUUAUGACACUGAAACCGGUCGAGCUGUGGUGCGCCUCUUUGAUGAAGAUUUGGCGAACAACUACGCUCGAAACAGGUUCGAUUAUUGCGCUUUCAUCGAUUAA